AUGAAGGCGUGUUUAACAGAAUAUUGUUGUUUUGCACUGGUUCACAUUAAUAAUAGAGCUCAGAAUGGCACAAAAAGAGAUGUAGAACGGGCAAGAAUAGAGAAAAUACAAGAAGGGCUUACACUGUUCAAAGAUGCUUUCAACAAAUUUAGCGAAGGCAAAGGUUUCUUCAAUGGGGAUAAUAUUGGGUUUCAUGACAUGUCUCUACGUUGUUUUAUGGUAUGGCUUAAGGUUGUGGAAAUAAUUGCAAAAUUCAAAAUGCUUGAUGAAAAUACAAUGCUUGGCCUUGUGUGUUGGACUCUCAAGUUUUGUUCUCAUGAAUUCGGGGAAGGAAUAGUGCCAAAUAAGGCUGUGGAUAUAUUGGUUGAUCGAGCUGCAUCUAACACCAAACUGGGUACCGCCGUACGGAGGCACUAUGAAUAG